CAUGGCGCGGGCCCUGUCGUCGCACAGGGCGGAGAUGUCGGCGACCGCCGUCGGGGCGAGAGCGGGCGCCAGCGCGAGCUCAUCCUUCAAGGGCUUCGACAGACCGUUGACGGCGUCCAGCUUGGCGGCGCCCUCGGCCUUCCGCGUCUUGGAACCCGCCUCGGCCACGCCGGGCACCUUGAAGAUGCGGUCCAGCACCGACGUGCGAGGGCGGCGGUCGGCGAAGACCGCAAUCCACGAGGUCGCCAGGGUGGCCAGCAAGCGCCCGCUCGCGGCCUUCAGGCGAGCCGCCGCGAGGCUCAGCGCCUAGAGGGCGAGGCGGCGCUCCAGCGGGGCCCCCGCGGCGACGUGCCCCCGCUGAGCCCG